AUGAGUGACUUGUUCAAUCUCGACGUCCAACGGACCCGUUUAUCCCGUCGCCACGGCCCCGAGCCCGGCUCCGCUCCGGCACCUACUCUCCCCGAGUUAUCUGCCAUUCAGACCGCGGAAGCCAAGCUCCCUCGGCCUGGUUCGGAGGACUACCUACGAGGUGUCUCACAGGAAGAUGUUGUACGACACAUCAUACAGGACAUUGUUCCCGCGUGUAACGGCCAGGGCAGUUCGUCCCGUUACUACGGGUUUGUCACCGGUGGUACUCUUCCUAUUGCUGAGUGGGCAGACAAUGUAGUCUCCCGCCUGGAUCAGAAUGUCCAGGUCCAUCUGCCAGCGCAGACAAUUGCCACUAUAUUGGAGGAUGCAGCUUUGGAGAUGCUCGUUUCGCUACUAAGACUUGGAGAUUGGAAAGGUCGCACAUUCACAACUGGAGCUACGGGCAGCAACGUUCUCGGACUUGCAUGUGGGCGCGAAGCAAUCUUGGAAAAACGCGGGCAGAGUAUUGGUGAAGUCGGCUUGCUUGCAGCCUGUCUUUCUGCUGGCGUCAGGGAGCUCCAGAUCCUCACAAGUUCAGGCCAUAGCUCGUUGUCCAAGGCCGCGAGUGUCGUCGGCUUCGGGCGAGGGGCUGUGAAAGAGCUGAGACUCAGCGAUAGUGAGCCAUGGAGAUUGGACCUUGAGGCUUUGGAAACAGCACUUCAGAAGAAAGAUACAGCAAGUGUUAUUGUAUUAAGCGCUGGAGAGGUCAACACCGGGCGAUAUGCUUUAACGGGGGUUGAAGAGAUGCGUAAAGUAAGGGAGUUGGCGGACAAGUAUGGAGCUUGGAUUCAUGUCGAUGGAGCCUUUGGUAUCUUUGCUCGUGCUCUUCCCGAAGAGGACGACUACAAAAUUCUUCGCGAUCGUGUUGACGGCAUCGAGUUAGCGGACAGUAUCACCGUUGACGGACACAAGCUUCUCAAUGUCCCCUAUGACUGCGGCAUGUUCCUCACGCGAUCACCUGCUAUCCUUCAAUCCGUCUUCACCAACCCCAAUGCAGCAUACCUCUCCACGGGAGGGGCGUCCACCAUUCCCUCGCCUCUGAAUAUUGGCCUGGAGAACUCACGGCGGUUCCGUGCCCUUCCCGCAUACGCUGUUCUCCUCAGUGAAGGUCGACCAGGUAUGGCAAAUUUGCUGGCCAACAUGACUGCUUUAUCCCGCCGAGUCGCUGCGUUCUUGAGGGACUCGGAGUACUACGAGCUACUCCCCGAUGACGGUGCUAACUUGAAUGAGAUCUUCAUGAUUGUGCUUUUCCGCGCUAAGAAUUCUACUUUGAAUGAUGAGCUAGUUCAGAAGAUCAAUGAGACCCGGCAGAUGUAUGUGAGUGGCACAAGCUGGAAGGGAGAGAAGGCUGUGCGAAUGGCCGUGUCCAACUGGAUGGUGGAUGUCGCCAGAGAUUUCAGGGUGGUCAUCCAGAUGUUUAUCAAAACCCUCUUUGCGAAGAACCACGCCGGCCCGGCCGCAAUGCCUUCAGGGGUUUCAGGCCCGAGUCACGAUGUGUCGCAUGUUACAAGCACAGGAUCAAGUAUGGAGAGGAAGACCCCAACCCGCACAGUGGAAACCCUUUUGCAAAACAUCAGGAAUGGUUAUAUCAAGGAAGUCAUGACGUCUAUGGGACUUGUCGUGAACUACGACCAGACGAAAGCCAUCUCCCUAGGCUGGGCUGGCUGGCUGGACGCUUCCAAAUGCGCAAGAUGCACCAAGAACGCACGCCCAACAAAUGACGCUGAUGCUGCAUGGACCGCAUCUACACAAAUCUUAUACAUGGACGAGCUACUAACCGGAGAUGCCUGUCUUGCUUCCAAUAUAAACAGAAGUCCACCAGCAGAAAUAGUAUAUGGUGAUAAAUCCUCCGUUGAGCUUGGGAACAUCCGCUUUGAUAUACCAGGUCCUGUCUUCCCGGCUGGCCCCAAUGUGGAAACUGUAGAGGCAUUUGCGCAAGAGUUUCGCAGGAUUCUGCUCAACUCCGAGUCUGCUGCCAAUGAUCUCGUGAAACUCACAAUCAUGGCCAAUGAGAUCAAAUGCAGCAUGGCGCUUGAGGCGAAACUACAGACAGAACGUGCCAAUAAUCUGGUUCCGAUCCUGAAAAAUGUCGAUCAUGCCUAUGGAGACGCGAAUUCCCUUCUUGAAAUCCUCGUUGAAAACUCAGCGAAGUUGGAUCAGAAGAUGGGUGUUAUGGAGGAGCGCCUCAAUGAAAUCUCAAGCAACAUAUUUCAGUUGAAGAGCGAGAUUAAGGACUCUGGUCAGGGCUCUAUCCAGAAUGAGGUGGGACGAUUCGAACAAGCAGUCAUCAGCGCCUUUCUCGAGUCUGACAUUUUCAAGACUGUUAUCGAGAACAUUGACAAUGGCAAGAACAAUGCCUUGGAUGAGGACAUUCAGGACAAGGCGUAUGUUGGCAAGUAA